AAUAUAGUUCUUCAGUGUAUUAUCAUCAAUCACUAAUUGUACUGGGCGCUCAAUUGUCGGAAACUAUUUGGUUCUUUUAUAUUUCCACUUUCACAAAUGCUUGGUAUAUGAAGACUUCAAUAUGAGCAGUAAAAAAGCAAUUAAAGUUAAAGCUAAGUUUGCUUACCAGCGUCAAAAUGAAGAUGAGCUCACAUUUCCAAAAGGGGCCAUAAUCAUGGUUUCAAAAAAUGAUGACGGAGGAUGGUGGGAAGGAACACUAAAUGGAAAUACUGGAUGGUUCCCCAGUAACUAUGUAAAAGAAGUAAGACAGAAAAUUGAGUCAGAAUCUGUAUCGCCACAAACUGUACAAAAGCAGUCUGUACUGCAAGAAGUAGAAACAAAAACACAAGAAACAAAGUUGGCUUAUUAUCAACAGGUAUUACAGAAUCUUCUAGAAAUUGAACGAACGUAUGUUAAAGAACUUCAAAGUCUUGUUGGAUCUUAUAUUAAACCUCUUCAACCUCAAACAACACCGGGUGGUGAAGGGAUCCCAGAAUCUGACAUCUGCGUCCUGUCCGGAAAUAUUCAAGCUAUCAUCGAUUUUCAACUGAAAUUUGUCAAAGAAUUAGAAGAGUGUUCAAAAAUUUCAUACCAGCAACAGCAAGUUGGGGUUUGUUUUGAGAAGAAUGGUGAUACGUUUAAGCAAUUGUAUGACGAAUAUUGUGGUAAUCAUCCAUCUGCAGUUGUUGUAUUGCAAACCCAUAAAGAACAAAUAUCGAAGCAAAUAGAAAACAAAAGUGGUCAAAACUCUGGCAUCACUCAACUUACGACAGGUCUCAGCAAACCUUUCCGACAUCUUGAAGAAUAUUCAAGUUUAUUACGAGAGUUGGAACGCCAUUUAGAUGAUACUCAUCCAGACAGAUCACAUGUUCUUCAAGCCAUAUCACAAUACGAACGAAUAUCGCUCGUCUGCCAAGAAACUCGAAAACGGAAGGAGACAAUUCAACAUAUAUUAUCGAGUCCGAUACAAGGAUGGGAAGGAGAAACAUUAUCAUCAUUGGGUCCAGUGUUAUACAUGUCUUCUGUUAUUUUUCUCAGUGGACUCGACGAUCGAAAGGAACGCUAUCUUUUAUUAUUUCCAAACGCACUUCUCAUGUUAUCUGUUUCUCCUCGUAUGAGUGGUUUCAUUUAUGAGGGAAAACUUCCACUCACUGCCCUCAAAUCCAAACGUCUGGACGACACUCAAACAUAUCAACAUGCAUUUGAAAUCACAGGUAAUCUGAUAGAUAGGAAAAUAGUCAUUACACGAUCAACAGAAGAACAAAGAAGAUGGUUGCAAGUCCUUGAAGCUCAAUGUGAUCAAUGCCAUCGUACAUCACUGGCACCUGUUGCUGCAAACGCUGCCUAUUCGAUUGUUAAACACAUUCCAGUUACUCAGAUUCCACCUGUACCAGAGUUGGUACCGGGACAAUCACAUGGUCACACGCCUAUACGGAUAACGCCGGAAAUUCAUGCUUCACCGACCGUAUCACCUCCACCUUUUCCUGUUUCAAAAUCAGGUGCAAAAGCAAACCAAACGUUAUCCUUACGUCCUGGUCCACCAGUUCGACAUAUUCCUAAUAGCAAAGAUGCCAGUGGAAACAUGGAUCGAAGUAAAAGUCCUAAAGGAACUCGUAAAAAGAAGAAACCAAACAAACCAGAUUCAAGAAAAACAACAGAUGAAGACGCGCUUGCUAAUUUAAAAACUACACCUACUGAUACUGCUCGACUGCCAGAUGAGCAAGAAGUUCUUGAAGUAUUGAAACAUUACUGCAAUGCCAUGCACACCCGCAAUACUACCUACAUGGCACAAGGGAAGACGAGACACACGUCAAUUCUCGAAGAAAAAAUAAUAGUCGAAGAUCCUGAAAAUGAAGGCCUUAUUGAAGAAAAGAGCUUAGUUGACACAGUCUAUGAGUUGAAGGACCAAGUAGCCAGUUUGAUUCAGGAACAAAAAAAGUUUGGUAAACGACUAGAAGAAGAAAGUAAAUCACGUCGGAAAUUGGAGAAUCUGAUUCGAAGGUCUGUUAACGAAACAAACACAAGUGCUCCUGUAUCAUCUAAUAAUGAUUCAAGGCAAUCUCCUUCGUUGGAAUGCUAGCAUGCUUUUUAUUUUAAACUUGUGUUGUAAUGUUGCCUCGUCGAGAUAGGAGUUGAUGAAAUGAAGCCCCAAGGAAAGAAUUCAAAUCAAUUUUGCCUUUUUCUCAUCAUAUUUUAUUUUUCCUUGAUAAAUGAAGGCUACUAUCACCUUAACUUCAAUAUGUGUCACUCUGAAGUUUUAAUACCUGAAGCAUAGAUCAACAUCAACAAUGCAACAAUCUAUUGGCUUAUGUCUAAAAAUAAUUAGGAUGUAGCAUAGAGUAUAGGGUUGUCCAAAAUAAUUAGUUUGUUCUCAAUUGAAUAAUUCUGUUAUAACUGUAUUAAAACCCAUGUAAUUCAAAUUACUUAUUUUACCUGUGAUUGUGUAUUGAUUUUGACUAAAUUAUGAAAUAAUUUACAAUUGCUGGAAUGUUUGGUUAUUAAAGGGUUCUAGUUUUAAAUCCAGCGUUUAUUGUUGUUUUUUUAGUACUUCAACAAUCUUGAUUUAAUAUUCAUCAUCUUACUGGUUAAUACAGGGUUACCCCCCAAAAACAGGACCCAGGCCAUUUUUUUACAUACAGUGAACAUAACUUUUGUGCGAAGUGUCCUAGACUAGUGUUCUUCAACCUUUUUUACCAUGGUAUACCUUACAUGUACCAAUGUUCAGUUAAGGCUGAAAUAAACAUUAAAUUAUAAGCAAAUAUUGUAAUAUCCCGAUACUGCAAUAUCACGAUGCAAUCUAAUGGGCUACUGUCCGAAAGUUGUAAAGUGUAAAUGGUAUAAAUUUGAUUGACGGUCCUAGCGCCAAGGGGAGUAAUGUUUAACGAAAUCAUCAACCCAGACAUGUCCCUGCAUUAUCUAUAUAUUUUGUGAUGUAACAAUGUGCACAAGUCAG